AUGAAACGCGCGGUGCCCCGCGCCGCGCUCGCGGCACUUCAGGGGCCACGCUGGUCGCGGUCCGACGCCCAAUCCGGACCGGACACCCCUCGGCGCCACAGAUUCCUAACGGAUCCACAUGCCAAUUGCUGCAAUGGGCAAUGCACGCCCAGUGGCAUUCGGCACUCGGCCCUGACCGCGCGAUCCUGCGGCCGGGUGGUGGCCAGGGCGCGCCCCCGCGUCGAUGGCGACGUGGGCGUGGCGGGAUCCAGCGAAAGGGCGGAUGCGCUCAAAAGGGAGGUGCAGCUUUUGAGGCAGGAGGUGGCGGAGGUCAGGGCGGCCAAGGAGGCGGACACGGCGGCAUGCCUGGCGCAGUGCGGGGAGCUGGAGGAGGCCCUCGCACUGGCGCAGCACGAAUUGGAGCGAUCAUCGGGGCUGAGGAGCGAGGAGGGGGGCGUGGAAGUGUCCCAGCUGAUGGAGGCGGUGGGGAGGCAGGAGGCGAUGCUGACGGGGCUGAGGGAACGCCUCAGGGAGGCGGAGGUGGGGCAGAUCGACGUCCAGGGUAGGGCCGGGGAGAGGGCAUUGGAGGCGGGGGUGGAGAGGCGGAGGGCGGCUGAGCUGGAGGGGAGGUGUGGGGAGGUGGCUGCCCGUGUGGGGGAGGCGAGAAGGGAGGCGGAGGAGGCGGCGAUGGGCCUGGGCGAGCAGCUGGAGGACGCCCGGGCGCUGGCGUUCUCCGCGGAGGAGUACGCCCAGAUCACGAACCGGCACCUGGGGCAGAGGGAGGAGGAGAUCAGGGGGCUGGAGGGGGAGUUGGAGGGGCUGAGGUUGGAGUGCGAGCGGGUGAGCGAGGAGUGCGUGCGGGUCGAGGCGAGGAGGAGGGCGCUGGGCGCCCAGGCAGCUGCGUCGGAGAGGAGCGCCGCUGCUGGGGGUAAGGGGUCGGUGGCGGACGUGAAGAGGCAGUACCAUGUGGUGGUGGGCGAGGUGGAGGAUCUGGGGGCCACGGUGAAGGCGCUCCAGGCACAGUUGGAAGAGAAGAAGAGGGAGUCGAAGGAGCUUCGAGCGAUGCUGGUGGAGAUCCAAGCGGCCCUGAGACAGCGCAAUCAGCGAGAGAACAGGCUGAGGCAGGAGGUGGCAGGGAUGCAAGCAAAUGUGGCGAAGAGUGCAGAGGUCAUUCGUGGCCUGAACAAGGACAAGCGCAAGGGACGAUCAGAACAAACGAAAUCCAAUGCACUGAUAAGACGGCUGGAAAAUGAGCUGAAGCAACUCCGUGGGCAAUUCGCAGCCAAGUCUGAGGAGGUCCAUGGUCUGAUAGACGAGCUGAAGACCACAAAACUGGCAGAGAAUGACACGACAGCCAACUUAGGAAACGCCCAGGCUGAAAUCGAGGCGCUGCUAUUGAAAGAGAUACAACAAAAAUCUGAAAUCAGCAACCUUGCUGCAAGGAUCAUUUCCUUACAGUCAAGCCUUAUCAAAAAGAAACAAGAUUUGCAUGCGCAGACGGCAGCACUCAAGCAACGAGAAGAUGAGCUGGCAUGUGUCACCACACAGAUGAAGGAGGCUCAGGACAUCAGCUCGGGCAGGGCAUCCGAUCUGGAACGCAGCCUAUCGGAACUGCAGACCUUCAAUGACAGACAACUGGGUGUGUUGGACGAAUUGUCGGUGGAAAGGGACCUCCUUUUGAAGGCGAGGGAAAGCUGGGGUGCCCAGGUGUCAGAGGUGUCUGAUGAGCUGCGCGCUGCUCAGGACACGAUUGCAGCAAAAGACCGGAUCGCCUCCGAGGCGGAUUCAAGGGUACAGGACAUGAAGGCGAAGUUGACAGAAUUGCGGGUGCAACUGCAACAAGCCCGUCUCGAUUUGGAACAGCUCAAUACCACAGAGGGCAAGGCAGUUGCGACUGUUGUGGCCCUGCAACAGGAGUUGGAAAAAAAGCAACGGUCUUUGGAGUCUGCAGCAGGUGGGAACCAGGUGCUGGAGUCUCGAUUGACUGGCCUGGGGGAGGAGUUGAUGCAGCAGGCACAGCAUCUUCUUGAGGCAGAACAAACAGUUGCAGAGCUUCAGGAGAGGGUGAUGGCCAGGCAGGAUAAGGAGGAGGAAGAUGUGGCAUCCGUAAUGCAGUUGAAGGAGGAAGCUGAAGCAGAGGUGGAUGCAGCUGCUCAACUCCUAACGAUGGCGGAGAAAAUUGCUGAUGAACUUGAGGAGGUGAACAUAAACCCUGAGACAGAGUCAACAGGAUCAGAGGAGCUACAGCAGGAGGUGCUGGAGCUUGAGCGCUCGUUGGUGAAGCAAGCAGACAUACUUAGCAAUGCUUUGGAUCGGGCCGAUCUUCUUCAAGAACAGGCUAUUGCCCUGGAAACAGAGCUGGGCGAACAGCAGGAAGCCAGUACUGGCGGGACUGUCGUAGGUAGUUCGCCAAAUGGCGACAGAUCUGCAGCAACAUGCACUGGCAUGCCCACAGCAGCUGGAAGACAAGCCCAGUUCGAUGAGUCAUUGGAUGAGUUGCUGUUGGAAAUGACCGAGCAGUACGAGGACCUGAUUGCCUCCUUGGAGGCAGCGGUGACCGACGACCAACGGAUUGCCAAACUAUUGGAUCACACCAGGGGUCUCGAAGAGGAGAAUGUGGGUCUCAGACGUGCGCUGCUGAGCAGAAGGCAAGCCAUGGCGAAGGCACACUCGUUUAUCAAGGAGCGCCUGCAGCACCAGGGACCAGAGUUGCCCAACACAGACCCCCAGGGGGCAAAAUUGAUAGUGGGCUCAGAGAGCGUGGAUGACCUUGAGAGCUGA